GACUGAAGAAGGAGGCUUCGCAGGACGAAGAAGUUUCCGGAUAGUUGUUUUUGCAGACAAUAACCAUUAAAAAUAACCUUCUUCAACUUCGAAAACGGACGUCAGCACCUUCGCUGUCAAAUAAGCUCUGACCACAGAAGCAGAUGAUAGACUUGAAUACUGCAAAGAGGACAAACAUGCCUGCUCUUUCUGCACCCAUUGAUAUUGGCAGCUCACCUCCAUCCCCAGUGGACAGCAGUCCCAGGAGGUUGUCCUGGGGCAAACUGGUGCAAAGAUUGACUGAUUUCAGCACAUCUGCCAACAACAGCAGCAUAGACUCUGUGUCCAACAAUGGCAGCAGGAGUGAUCUCUCAGACUCAGUGUCAGAUGUCUCCGGUGAUCUGACUCCCUCUAAUGAAGACCUGUUUUAUGACCCAAUGGAGGAGACCAUCCUGAAAGAAGUAGUGGAGCUGAUUGCAGGAAGCCUGAGAGAAGCCAAAGACUCAGACUGCGCCUUACGAUGUACCAAACUGCUCAUUCCCGAGAAACUCCUGGAGCACAUCGGCCAGGAGCUCCUUCACCUGGCAGCUAGUGAGCCCUGCGGUUUAAGAGGGGCUCUCAUCGACCUUUGCGUGGAGCAAGGGGGCGUCUGUGAGAGUAUGGGACAGCUAUCUGUGGACCCCUACCUUGUCCCCACCUUCCAGCUGACUCUGGUGCUGCGUCUAGAGUCUGAUGGGCUGUGGCCUAAAAUCCAAGGACUUUUUAGCACAAAGUCUCCUACCACUCCAGUAGUGAGACAAGCUAUUAAACUUAGCACUGGUUUUCGCGUGAUCAAAAAGAAACUGUAUUGCUCUGAAGAAUUGCUCAUUGAGGAGUGUUGAGAAAUGCAAACAGGGGUGCAACAAGGGACAUCAGCAUUUUAUUGUUUGCAUUUUCAAAAUGUCAGCUGAGCUCACAGAAGGGCCUUAUUACUAUAACUACAUGUAUAUGAUGCCUUCUGAAGUGUACGGAUUGACUUUGACAUGAUGUAGACUAUUGUUCCUACCUUAAAGGAGCCACAGUUUAUGGUACGUGGAGCAGUUGAUGCUUGCUCCUCACUGACAUUCAGAUUUUCAAAUGCAUAACCAUCACGCUAUAUGGUAAAUAGGCAUUUUGCAAGCAUUAAAGUGCGUACCUCAGUUUCUAUUGAAACCAUAAAAUGGCAGCUAGCUAUAUGGUUAUAGUCAUUGAAGACCAUUGUAUUCCUUCUUUUUUUUUAUACAUGGCAAUUAGUAGAAUUGUACAUCAAGCAAAUCGCUAGGGACCUUAGUGACUGCUUGAAUUGAAUAGCAAAGGCCUACCAGUGCUUGCCUUGUGCAGGUAUGUGCAAGCUGCGGCUAAGAAGUCAAAUGUAACUUGAUCCUGUAUCUGUGUGGACCUAUCCUGCUUUCAACUUUAUUUAUUUGAUAUUCAAAUAUUCAUAACAUUGCACUGUUUUUGUACUCAUGAACUCCAAGAAAUAAAUUAUUU